AUGACCGCCUCUCAGUCCUGCUCUUCCUGCGGACAAUCUUACCCCACCAACCACUUUCCAGCGCUGCUCCUCUCUGUUGCCACCCCUGCUCCUAUCUCGGGCUCUGGCCCCAACCUCUCGGACUCCACCACCUCGGACCCGACCACAUCAAAUCCCACCACCUCGGACUCCAACAACCCAGAAACCAACUCCUUUUCCCACCCCACACAGUCCUCCCCGCCAACCACUACCACUCCCAACAACACCUCCAUUGCUGCCAACAGCACCCUUGCAUGA